GCGCUGCGAUUGGCCCAUACAAGAAGUUGUUUCAAACUUGCACAGGCGCCACCAUAAAAAGUCACGAUUGCUCGCCAUUUCGCCCACCAAAACCGACCGUGCGCGCUGCCUUCGACUUAGAGACCGCCCUCAUCUACGCCAUGUCGACCCCUCAAGUGAUCAUCAACAUCGAAAUGGCAAAACUAGCCGCCGCCAAGAAAGUUUCACUGAAAAAAGCCACGCGACGUUACCAAGGCAAACUCAAUCAGCGGCGGUACCGAGCUGAACAAAAGCGCUCAACGGACCUUCUCAACCAAGUUGUUGGCCAACUAUGCAUCGAUGUGGCUCGCAUGGAAGGACGCCUGGAAACCUUGCGACUCACCAUUCCUCCAGCACUUCGAACGUUUGAACUCGAGUGUAAAGUUGCCGAGGAGUACAUUCGGUUAUUUUCCCAUGGAUACGACCUCGACAUCACCACGGUUCAACACAAAUCGCAGUUCGGUUUUUUGACGAACGCAGUGAGCCAAGACCUUGUCAUAAUGGGAUGCGUGGGGCGCGCCAAGCUCAUUGAGCAAUGGGUGAUUUACAUGAACACAUUCGAAGUGUUCUCUAUGGAGCUCCACAACGUGCAUUUGACGUCCUUUUCACCCAACGUCAUUGUUCACUUGGACACGACACUGUACCUGCGGAUAUCUCGCAAGUCGAUCCAGCUGUUGUUUCCCCGUCUUCUCAACGACGAGCCGCUCAUCCAACGACUCAUUGGCAAAGAGCUCCAUUUACCCACGCAAUUGCGCUUCAUUUUUGACCACAAAGGCAUCGUCCAAGAGCUGGGCACGCAUGUCAACACGACAUUUGCCCUUGUGAAUCUCUUUGGCAGCGUGGAAGACACGCUAUCUGUCAUUGGAGGCUUUCAAAUGACCGAAUCCGCAGAGAUAGUUGCAGUCUCAGAGUACCCAUAAAAGCAGUUCGACGUAGUAUUCCCCCUUCAGUGUAGGGAACCUCGUACUCCUUACCAAGUGCAGAGAACUAGUCGUUGCAACCUUAUGUGCACGAGCAGGCUC